UAUUCAAAUUUUUAAAAAUUUGUUAAAUUAUUAUAUUUAAAAUGUGAAUUUUUUUAUGAUACUUUAUCUACAAAUUGAAUUUUAUCAAUAAAGCUAAAGUUAAUGUUACUUAAAAAAAAUUACUAAAAAAGUUUAAAUUUAUUUAAUUUAACUUGCGCAACGAACGGGCAUCGACCUAGUUUAGGUAAAAGGCCAAAUUAACAAAGAUGCAGUAUAGGCAUAGAUAUUAGAUAAUCUCCAAUUCAACUUGCAUAUAGUAUUAUAUAUAAAAAAAAAAAAACUGCAAAAUCUAUAAAAUUAAGUUAAACCUAAAAAUUACAAAAUCUGUGAAUUGCAUAUCAAUUAAUUCAUUACAUAAUAAGUCAAAUAAUCAAUUGAGAGUUAAUAAUUCACAAAAUAGAACCCAUAUAUAGGAUCUAGUGCAUAUUAACAGAAGAUUAAUAAGACUAAAUUGCAAUAGCUAUACGUACCUUGUUGUGAUUAAAACUCAUGCAGCUGAAGCAAAAUAAAUAGAAAAAAACCACAAAGCGGGAUAGACUUUUUAUUUGACAGAGGUAGUUCUGAAAUUAGGUGGUUAAACAAUUCUAUUUAACACUUAAUAUGUGAAAAUUAUUACUAACUUACUUAUCCUAAUGCAACUCUAAUUCCUUCCCACUUCAAUUAAAACUCUUAACUUAUUUCCUAAUUCAAUUCAAACUAAAUUGAAAUCCUAUCGUGACAGUGAAACUCAUACCAGCCUUAUAAAAAUAUCGACAAACCAGCUUCAUAAUAACAGAACUACAAAUUAUUGUCUGUCUUCUAUAAAUACAGACAAGCUGCUACUUCAUAGUAAAAGUUGUACAAAUUCCUGUCCUUAUAAAUUCUUUUUCUUUAUCACAAUAUGGUACGAAGAUGCAGUGAAAUCAAGAACAAGAAUAAGCAAGUUUGUGAUAUAGCGGAGAAUUUAAGAAUUCCGUUUCCUUCGCCAGCAGCAACUCCUUGGCUCCUUAUGAUCCAUAAGGAAAGUUCAGAAAAUCAAACUUUUUACAAUAUAGAAACCAACGCAAAUCACAAUCGAAAUAUUAGUGAAUUGCACUGUAACUCCAUCCUGGGGAGUUACUUCGGCUGGUCAAUCUUGAAAAGUAAAGAAUACCAAUAUUGUUUGUGGAAUCCAGUGUCCCUUGAAACCAUUAAGCUACCCUUCCUUCAACGCGAUUCAAAUUUACACAAGGCCAUUCUCACUCUACCGCCAGCUCAUCCAAAAAGCAAGUUAAUUCUUAUUGAUUGUUUGCAUCUGCGCAUAGUGUUUUGUGGACCUCAAGAUCAUAGCUGGACAACACAUGAUUUUGAUGAUUUUGGGGACCAACCUGAAGGUCAAGAUGGUUUUGAAUAUAUUUCUAUGUGUGACGGGAUAUUAUAUGUUGCCACUUGGUAUUUUAAAAAGAUGUUCAUGAUAGAGAUAAGCCAUAAAGAUGAGUUUUUUUUACAAGAUUUAGAACUAAACCUACCAACAACUCGCCAAAUAUUGCAUUUUGAAUAUUACAUGGUGGAAUCAUGUGGUCAACUUUUGUACGUAAAUUUGUACUUUCGUGGACAAAGUUGGACAGAGAUUGAAGAUGUAGAUGUUUUUAAAUUGGAUUUCUCUAAAAUGGAGUGGCUAGAGGUGGAAAGUUUAGAGGAUAGAGCUUUAUUUUUGAGCAUAGACUACUCGAUGUCGUGUUCAGUAACUGACGAUCUUAAAGGAAUUGAAGCAGGAUGCAUUUACUAUAUCAUAUAUGAUAAGGUCUUUUGCUAUAACUUGGAAAAACAACGUAGAUCAACUUAUGUGUAUUGCAAUGAUGUAAUAAAGCAAAGAUCUGUACAGUAUUGGAUAAUGCCCGAAGAUUUCAGAUUGGAUCAGGGACGCAAAGUACUUCUCCAUCAUACUAGAGUUGAACAAGAGGAGCUUAAUACAGAUUAUGCAGAAGAAAAUGCAGUCAUCGAGCAAAGAGCAGAAGAAGAAGACGGAGAAAGUAUAAUCACUGAUUUACCAUUGGAAGUGCUAACACUUGUUUGGGAACGCCUUUUCCUAUUCGAUUAUAUAUGCUUCCGUCGAGUUUGUAAGAAUUUUCUUUCGGUAACUCCUCCGCUCCACUGGACAGCCAAUGAUAUAGAUCUGCAAAGCAGUCAAAUGUUUUAUCCAUGCUUCAUGUUUAUCAAAAGUGGAACUAUCAACCUCAUCGACAUGAAGAGGACCGAAACAUAUUAUAUGGAAGAUGCAAUUCCAGACUCACUGUCGGAUAGCACAAUCGUUUUCUCCAAGGAUGGAUGGCUGCUUAUGACGAAAGGCAUACGACAUGUUUUCUGCUACAAUCCUUUCAAAAAGAUUGUUCACCAACUUCCUGACAGAACUGUAUUGGGUUUCUUGCACACCAUGGGAUUUUCAUGCCCACCAACUUCCUCCAAGUGCUCAUUUGUUGGCAUUACAGAUCUCAUGGCAGAAGGCUGCUCUAUCUUAUAUUUUUGUAUGGUGGAUAAUAGAUGGAAUCGCCAUUUCAUAGGUAAAGAUUUUAUUCCAAGCAACAAUACUCCAGUUUUUCAAAAUGACUUGUUCUAUUUUUUAGAUAAAAAAGGAAGAUUAGCCACAUUUAGAAUCAAAGAAGGCAGUUGUCAGUGGAAGGUUCUUAUCAAACCUCAUAGCCCUUGCUUAGAUUCUGAGCGUAACUAUCUUUUAGAAUGUGAUAAAGAGAUUCUCUCCGUUUUUGUGGGUCAAUCAGGAAGAAAAGUGCUAGUUUUUCGAUUGGAUCGGUGUAAGAAGACUUGGAACGAAGUUAAAAGUUUGGGACAUCACAUGCUGUUCGUUAAUGAUUCAUCAUGCUUCUCUAUGGUGGCAAAAGUUGCAGGAAUGGAGAACAAGAUAUACUGUCCAAUAUUCGACAAGCUUGACAGAAUGAUAUUCUAUUCACUUGACACAACUAAAUAUCAUACUUUCGACAGUGAUUUAUCAUUGGAUUAUUUUUCACCCGAUGUUUGGGAACAGAGUCGAAGCUGUUGGAUUCAACCUAGUUAGUAGUUAUGUCUUUUUUUUAUCCGAUUAUUUAUUUUGUUGUACUUGAUUUAUUUAAGCAAUGCAUUUUAAAUAUUCAUUCAACAUAGCUGUCAUUAAAACCAACACUGGAUCAAUUUUUUUUACUGUUUAAUUUUUUUGGAUUCGUGUCAUGGGAAGUGACAACGAUGGAGGUGUUGUUUCUUCCGCCUCCCAGGUUUCUCUUCUUGCACGAGUAAAUUGGGCUUUUACCUUCGAUAAUUUCAUGGAUGAUUCAGACAAAUGGAACAGUCUUAAUUGAGUCAAAGAUGAAAGCUUAUUCUUCUUUACUGAUUUUUUCAUCGAUUCAAUGAUGCUUUCUCAAAGUUCAGAUUAUUGCCUUGGGAAUCGAUUGUGAGCAAUUAAAUUUGUCUCUCUACUGCUGCAUUUUCUUCUCGGCUUCACAACAAAUUACUACUGCUGCAUUGGGUUCAGUCGAAGAGAAUUGAGAACAAGAUCAAUCGGCAAGUAACUUUUUCAAAGAGAAUGUCUGGUUUGUACUACAUGGUCGGGGCUUGUUCCAACAAUCAAGGUAUUAGAUCCACAUUUGAGGAGCGAGCAUGGUCAGUAAGUGAAAAAACUGGUGUUGAAAAACCUGAAAACGAUUGACAAGAAUUGAAUCUGCUAAUUGUAAUUGUUAAUGUAAGCUUUGUUUUUUGGCCAAAAAAGAAAUGUAAGCUUUGUUUAAGAAGAAUGUAAGGUUUAAUUGUUACUAGUACGAAACCCUUGCUUCGCUUCGGAA